CACGUGUUUUAUCAUCUCUUGGAGCGAGCCGAGCAUCCCGUCCUGCCAGAGUGCCGCUCAGGAAAGCGCUACGCUCGGACUCAGAGGAAGGAGCCGACAGCAUGUCCUGUCUCCGCUUCAGGAGGAUUUUUCUCACUCUGUUUUUGUCUCAAACUGCUUUGUCACGUCUGCACCCUGAGUGUGAGUACAUAUAUCAGCUAGAGAAAGAGGAGCGCCACUGCCUUCAGUACAUUGCUAAGCAGGGAAACAGAAGUGCAGAAGGUUGUCGACCAUUUUGGGAUGCAGUUGCCUGCUGGCCUCAAGCAAUCGCUGGGGAAACUGUCCAGAGAGCUUGCCCUGCAGUCUUCUCUCUUUUCAAAAACAACACAGGGUCAGUGAGCCGAAACUGCACAAGUGGGGGUUGGUCAAGGCCUUUCCCACCAUACUAUAUUGCCUGCAACGUGGAAGAUGACAUUCCUGAGACUGAGGAGUCAUACUUUGCUACUGUGAAGCUGAUAUACACCAUCGGCUACAGCAUCUCUCUUGUGGUGUUGGCCAUCGCCGUGCUGAUACUGUUACUCUUCAGGAGACUGCGAUGUGCCAGAAACUUUAUUCACAUCCAACUCUUUAUUACCUUCAUCCUAAAAUCUGCAGCAGUGUUCAUAAAGGACGCAACUCUGUUCUCCAGUGAUGACACCAACCACUGCACCCUCUCCACCUUUGCCUGUAAGGCCGCUGUGGUCUUCUGUCACUAUUGUGUGAUGGCAAAUUUUUUUUGGCUCCUGGUGGAGGCGCUCUACCUUAAUUCCCUGCUGCUCUCCUCUUUCUACCACAGCCGUAGAUGCCUCUGGGGCUUCAGCCUGCUGGGAUGGGGCGUGCCUGUUUUCUUUAUAUUCUUGUGGAUUGGAUCCAGGGUGUAUUUUGAAGACACAGAAUGUUGGGAUAUUAAUGAGGACUCACCCUACUGGUGGAUCAUCAAAGGACCAAUUGUCAUCUCUAUAGCGGUUAAUUUUAUGCUCUUUGUAAAUAUCAUCAGAAUCCUGAUCCAGAAGCUCAAUCCUCGACUGAUCCAGUUCAACAACUCCUCACAAUACAGACGCCUGGCCAAGUCCACCCUCCUCCUAAUCCCUUUGUUUGGAACCCACUACAUGUUCUUCAAUUUUCUGCCAGACUACUUCAAUGUUAACCUGCGCCUCUGUAUUGAGCUCUGCAUGGGGUCCUUCCAGGGUCUUCUGGUUGCAGUCCUCUACUGUUUUCUCAAUCAAGAGGUGCAGAAAGAGGUCCACAUGCAGUGGCUGAGGUGGCAGGAGAGGAGUUACGGGGUGGUGUCGCCUGCUGCAAAGGGAAGCCAGAUGGACACACCCUUCUGACAUCUUCCUUUAAGGUUGUCUUGGAUGGCUCUUGUGCACAUCAUCUCUAAUGAGCUGUACAGCACACACAAUAACAGUCAUUAUAGUUUAUUCAUCGCUGAUGCCUGUGAGUGUGUAAGUCAUUUCAAACUGUGCAACAGUCUGGCUGCACUCCCUCAGCAAGAGUGGAGGAAGUAAGGUGAACUUUCCACAGGACAGUAAUUCUGAAAUCUCUUGACAUUUUACACACACAUCCUACAUGACAGCUCCUUCCAAUUCUCAUAUGCAUCUCCCAAACUGCACAGUGGUCGGGGAUAAAGGUCAGCUUUUAGAUGUCUUUGCAGGCAUCACCUGCCAAAUUAACAAAUAAUAAUUUUUCUGAGCUGAAAGCUUAUCCUGACAAUUACAUUGCAGUCAACUAGGAAGUGUACUGAUUGAGACAAAAUGGUGAUAUAUUAGCAUUAAAUGUUCUCACUUUAUAGAUUAAUGCAUUGCAUAGAAAUAUGAAGUCCUGUAUUAUUAUUAUUAUUAUUAUUAUUAUUAUUAUUAUUAUUAUUAUUAUUAUUAUUAUUAUUAUUAUUAUUAUUAUUAUGGCAACUAUCAUACUAAAAGGUAUCACACUCACUCAAAUUAAAGUAAUGAACAUUUUUUAUUAGUGUCAUAAUGCUUCUGUCUGUACAUUUAUCAUUAUGAGAGGCUCAACACAAAGUUUGAGAUGUGCUUUUGCUUUUGUUGAGAUAUUUUGACCUGCUGAUUUAUUUAUUUAUUUAUUUAUUUAAACUUGCCAUAAACUUGGUAUAAAAGAAUCUUUAACUUCAGAAGCACAUUACUUAAAGCACUGUGCUGUAUAUACUGUGAAGGUCAAGCCAAAUGCAGCAUGAUGUGUUCAGCCAUGUCUGAUAGUCAACCAGUGGGAGAUAAAUCUCUGCAUCUCCACUGCCACCUACCAUUCACCACUCAACUUCAUAUUAAUUUUCAACAUACUUUCUAAAAUAUUGUAAGUGUUUUCAACUGCAUGGUAAUACAAUAUGUAUGUAUAGAAUAUAUAUGUUUUUUUGUAUAUUUCUUUUAAAUAUUUUUUUCUUUUAGAUAGUACUAUACUUAAUCAAAAUACAAGCUGAAGAGCUAAAUCCUUGUAAUACAGCUUUACAGUUCAGCUCUGCACCAUCCAUGAUCUUCAUAUAACAGUGAAGCUUAUUCAUGUAAAUUAAUUCUUUGCCUUAAACUGAAUGUAAAAUCUCUAAUAAUUACUGUGAGACAGCUGUUUUAUUGUCACUGUCCUUGUCGUAUUUGGGUGUUUGUUUUACUGCUUUGGGUCUUUUUCUGUGAUGUUUUGAUGCCUUGUGAAAUGACAAGAUCCUGCAAGUUUAAACAGAAACAACUUCCUCCACAAGACAACAUGAAGCUGGCAGCUACCAAAGUUAAAGCACUGACUGAUACUCGCUCCACAAAAGUCAUUGUUACCAUGUUAAGUUCGGACGAAGGUGUUUCUCUUUUUCUUUUUCUUUUUUUUUUUUUUUUUUUGGAGGGGUGGGGGGGAU